AUGUCGCAACAACAAAUUUCACGCGAAUCAUUGUCAUCAUCAGCGACAUCAUCGACGACAUCGUCGUAUUUUGAUGAACAUUUUCAUUAUCGUCCAUUACGAACAUUUACCCCAGCACCAUAUCGUUCACCAUUUCAUACCUCAACCAUUUCUUUGCCUGAUAUCAAAGAAGCUACUACUGAAGAAAAUAAUAGUAGCUGUAGCAGUACUGUGGAACAUUAUCAGAAAACUGUCAAUUUUCAUGAUUCAUACAUUCGAAAAUCACCGGAACAGGAAAUGCAGGAAAUGGAUAUGAGAUCUGAAGAUUAA